GGCGACGAUGCGCCUAGACCAGACAACCUCUCCCUGGACGAGUUUAUUGAAAUCAUCACACAGGAGGAUGCAGAGCACCCCUAUCCAUCAUCAGAAAUCAAGAACGUCCUGAUAUAUUGGGAUCGUGGCACCCUUGAACGUGGAGAUGAGGCGAAGCUCCAGGAGAUGAAGUUUGACUGGUUCGCUUCCCCAAGGGCCGCAACGGCAAAGAGAAGCACAGCUGCCGAGAUGAUGGGCGUUGAGAUGACGACUCAAGAUGAUCUCGACAAGAUGACCGACACGGAGCGCGAGUAUAAAAUCGGCUCUAUGAGGCACAACGGGGCAGGUGACAGCGAUCUGACCGUUCGCGUUACCGCAGAGCUUAUCAAGAGGCGUAUCGCGGAGCUAGAGGCUCAAGACGGGCGCCUCAGGCAGAUCAGCCACAGGUACUCGNAAGGAGGUGGCCGCAUUGGUCAGGGAACUACGGAGAUAGGGCUGACAAAACUCUGGGCCUCCGACAUCCAAGAACUUGGCCAAGCAUACUGGUCUGCUAUCAGCAACCGCCACGCAAUUAUUCUGGAGAACUUCGACGAUCACAUUCCUCGAGAAGCUCAGAACGGCAAGAUUUCGAUUGACGACAGGUGCCAAGAAACAUAUCCACGCUGGAACUUUCGUGGUGGUCCCAACACCACGGAAAAGUGCAAGUAUAUCUUCCAGGAAACACGUGCUUCAACUCCCAAAGUGUUCAACAUCUCUAUCGACUCGGAGAUUAUCAGUCACCAUAACAUGGCAUGGUGGAUCCUGCAUCAGGUUCCUAGAGCCAGUAGCCGCAUUCGAGACACAUCAACCACCCAGGUCACACACAUCGAGCUCCCACCUCUCAUCUCCAAUCCCAGAUACCCGACUGUUGUGAUUGUCGACAGCGAGAACGAGCACACCGCCGCUCGCCUUUCUCAGCUCCAGGUCCGCUCCACUUACCUAAGGCAUCACCGUCCCAGAAAGCCGCGCACUCAUGUCGAGGAGGACUGGUGCAUGUGA